GGUUACGUGUCGACACUACACCCGUGUCGGGUUUCUGGUCUCCUUUUGCAAUUUCUUCAAUGGUAAAAUAGCAGAUUUGGUUCCUGACUUCUGGAUUUUGCACAAGUUGAUCCUCAAGUCUCUGAUCUCUUCAAUUUACUUCUAAAAAGUAGGAUUUCUUCCAAUUAAAUCCUUUCCUACACAAAAAAUGAAAACCAUGUUUCAAUCAUGUCAAGCAGUGAUGAUAAAUCAACCAUUAAAAAACACCAUGUGGAUGAAUCCUUCAUGCUCAAAGCAAUGCAACAACAAUUUCAAAAGCUGAACAUCAUGUUUGAUGCAUUCAACAAUGAUGCCCAGAACUCAAAUUAUAGCAUAGACAGAAUUAUGAGAGGUAAAGGGGGCCAAAGAGGUAGGUUUAACCAAAGAGAACAAAAUCUACCAAGGUGGGGAGAUCGGCAAGAUCAUGACUUAGGCAGCAUCAAGAUGAAGAUUCCUCCAUUUCAAGGUAAAAAUAAUCCAGAUGUGUAUUUGGAGUGGGAAAAGAAGGUGGAGUUGGUGUUUGAUUGCCUAAACUAUUUUGAAGAGAAAAAGGUGAAAUUAGCAACAGUAGAAUUUACUGAUUACGCUGUGGGCCUUACUCAAGGGUCCAAAAGCAUUAAGGAUUAUCACAAGGAGAUGGAAAUUGCAAUGGUUAGAGCAAAUGUGGAAGAGGACAGAGAAGUAAAUAUGGCACAGUUUUUGCAUGGUUUAAAUCAUGAUAUAGCUAAUUUGGUGGAGAUGCAGCAUUAUGUGGAAUUAGAAGAUAUGGUGCACAUGGCGAUGAAAGUAGAACGGCAACUCAAGCGUAAAGGAGCCACCACCAAAACUGGACAAAAUUUAGGUUCCUCAUUUUCAUGGAAACUAAAUUGGAGCAAGAAGGAAGAAAAUUCUACUUUUAAGCCUAAAACGAUAGCAUAUAAGUCAAAAGAAGUUGGCAACAAUGAGAAGAGUAAAACUGACAAUACACAAGAGAAUGGAGAAGUUGAAAUCGAGGGUGAAUUUGAUGAUGACUCUAUGCCACCAUCAGAAGAUGCUGAUGAUGGCGUGGAAUAUGCUGUUGAUGGAAAACUGCUCCUUAAUUUAACUAUGACGAAGCAUCCAAGGCCAUAUAAGUUGCAAUGGUUAAACAAUUGUAAGGAAAUCAAGGUAAAUAAGCAAGUUAUGGUUUCAUUCUCUGUUGGACAAUAUAAGGAUGAGGUACCUUGCAACGUGGUUCCUAUGCAUGCUGGACAUUUACUUUUGGGGAGACCAUGGCAAUAUGACAGGAGAGCAAUACAUGAUGGCUUCAAAAAUCAUUAUUUGUUCAUCACGGAGGGGAAAACAAUUACUCUUGCACCAUUGAGUCCAAGGCAGGUUUAUGAGGAUCAACUAAGAGUUAAAAAAGAGAGUGAGCUGAGAAAAGAGAGUGCGCUUGAGGAUGCUUAUUUCAAUGCUAACGAACUUAACGAUUCUUUGCCUAGUGUUGUUAAAUCUCUUUUGCAGGACUUCAAGGACGUGUUUCUAAAGGACAUUCCUAAUGGUUUACCAUUAAUAAGAGGAAUCGAGCAUCAGAUUGACUUCAUUUCAGCUGAUAGAAUUGUAGUUGACGAAGAAAAGGUUAAGGCUAUUAAAGAAUGGCCAACACCUAAGAAUAUUUUUGAGGUGCGGAGUGAUCAUGGUUUGCCGAGUUCCUACUGGAGGUUCUCGAAGAUGGCACACUUCAUUCCAUGUCAUAAAAUCAAUGAUGCAACCAAUAUUGCUGAUCCGUCCUUCAAGGAGGUUGUUCAUUUACAUGGUGUUCCAAGGACUAUUGUUGUUGAUCGCGAUGUUAAGUUCUUGAGUUACUUUUGGAAGACCAUGUGGGGAAAUUUGGGAACUAAGCUAUUGUCUUCGACCACUUGUCAUCCACAAACUGAAGGACAAACAAAAGUGGUUAAUAGGACAUUGUCAGCUUUGUUUCAUUCUAUUAUUCAGAAGAACUUGAAGAAUUGGGAAGAGUGUUUGCGGCACAUUGAAUUUGCUUAUAAUCGAAGUGUCCAUUCAACAACUAAUUGUUCACCAUUUGAAGUUGUGUAUGGUUUUAAUCCACUCACUCCUUUGGAUUUAUUGCCUUUACCUAUUGCUGAGCGAGCUAGUUUGGAUGGAAAAAAGAAAGCUCAAGUGGUUAAGCAACUGCAUGAAAGAGAGAGAUUCCCUUCACAAAGGCAUUCUAAGCUGCAACCAAGAGGCAAUGGACCAUUUCAAGUGAUUGCAAGGAUUAAUGACAACACAUACAAGUUGGAGCUUCCAGGUGAUCGUGUGAGGACAAAUCCUUUUGAGGAGAGAGGGAAUGAUGGGAAUCAAUAUAAUAGCACAUGUACCAUGUCAAAGGAUCCAUUACACAUUCAAGGAGGUCUAGUCACAAGAGUUAGAGCUCAGGAGAUGUGAGAAGCUUUAAAUGGCCUUAUUGAGUAGAUUUGGGUGGAAAACAACAUGCAACAAGUAAAUCAAAGCUUAGAUGAUUAUUAUGGCAUGGUAAACAUCAUUCUGGUCCAAGAGAAGCUUAAUUAAGGUCAUUCAUACCG